AUGGAUGAAAGCGAUACUGAGUCGAGCGGCUGUUCCGACGCCCUUGAGGGCGACAAGCUCGUCAUUGGCCUUGACUUUGGCACGACGUUUAGCGGCAUCGCCUAUGCCUUCUCCAACGACCCUGAAAAGAUCUACUCCAUUACGAACUGGCCUGGAGGCGAGGACCGCAUCGUCCCCAAGGCGCCGACAGCUCUCAGGUAUACGAAAGACUCGACUUCCGAGUUCCAGUGGGGAUAUGAGCUCGAAGGAUCCCUAGAAGACAAGAUCACAGGGCUCAAGCUGCUGCUCGAUCCCGAGCAGCGUCGUCCAUAUUUCAUCCCGACUAAUAUUCCAGCCGAGCUUGCCAAGCUUCCAAAGUCAACACUUGACGUUGCCACGGACUACCUGCGAGCUCUGUAUGACCAUGCCAUGGCGGAAGUGAAGGGCGAAUACCUCGAUAGAGAGUUUUUGGAGAACUACCAGCAGCAGUUUGUCUUGACUGUGCCGGCUGUCUGGUCUGACAAAGCUAAGGAUAUGACUCUCAGGGCUGCCCGCGCUGCUGGCAUUUCUCCUGUGGAGAUGAUCACAGAGCCUGAAGCUGCUGCGCUCUACACCAUACUCUCUGUGAAGAACAAGGGUCUCAAGGUUAGGGAUGCCAUUGUGAUAUGUGACGCCGGCGGUGGUACCGUUGACCUCGUCUCGUAUGAGAUUAUGAGCCUGAACCCAUUCGAGCUAAAGGCUCUGACAGCGCCUUCUGGCGGAGUUUGCGGUUCCCUGAUGUUGAACAAACUCUUCGAAGACGAAGUCCACAAGGUAGUCGGAGACGAUGCCUACGUCACGCUGAAGAAGACGGAGGCUUACCGAAGUGCCUUGAGAGACUUCGAUUCUACGAUCAAGCUCGCAUUUCGGGGGAAGACAGACACCGACAAAUAUGUCAGCUUCCCCCUGGCGAAGCUUCAAGACAAUAAGCCCAUGGGUCUGGAGAGAGACUCACUGACCCUUAGCGGAGGGACGCUUUUUAGAAUCUUCGACCCCAUCAUCAGGGAAAUAGACAAACUGGUCACAGAGCAAGUCACUUCGGUUCGCAUGGAGCGUCUCCAGCUAGGAAACACUGCCGGCGCCAGCGUAAAGGCAAUUUUCCUCGUUGGUGGCUUUGGGUCAAGUGCUUAUCUGAAAGAUGUCAUUGAGAAGUCGAACCCUGGUGUCCUGGUCGUCCAGCCAAAGGAAGCAUGGUCUGCCAUUGUCAAGGGGCCGGUAAUGAGCAAGCUGGGCAUUGGCCCGACUGUCACUUCCACCAGGGCGGCCAAGCACUAUGGUACCAGUUGUCACUCAACCUGGCGGCCAAUUCGCGAUCGCGGUUUUGCCAAAAUUCAUGACGACUUGGACGAUGAAGACAAGUGUAUAAUUAUGAGUUGGUUUAUUUCCAAGAACGACGACCUAUCUCGCGAGAAGAAAAUUCAACUAUCAUUCUACCGCAAGUGGAAAGGCAAGAAUCCCACCGGGGCAAAGAUGAAAGUCACCGACGAACUCUUCGAGUGUAGCGACCCGGUCGCGCCAGUCCAUCCUAGCGAUGAUGUCAACAUCAACUGUAGGCUCAAGACGGACCUAAGCCAAGUGCCCAAGUCCGCCUUUAUUUUCCAGAAAAGGCCGAGGGAUGGACUUGAGUAUUUCGAGCUUCAUUACGAGCUUCAAAUAGAGAACAACCCGUCAGGUUUGAUGAAGUUCUCACUCCUUGUCAACGACGAGGAGUACUCGGCAGUGGAAGCAACGUAUUAG